AUGCCCCACGCCAAGCUGCUGCUCCUCCUCGCCCUCCUCUGUGCCACAGAAACCAGCAGGGCUUUCCGCCUCUACAACGCCGCCUCCAUUUUCAGCUGCCUCAACGCGGCCCUCACCGAGGCCCAGAAGAGCCUCCCAGAGGAAAACACCGUCUUGGACAAGCGUGGUUACGACUACCGUCCAGCAGAGGAAGCAUCCGAGGAGGAGGAGGAGGAGGCAGAGGAAGAGAGAGGGAAAAGGACAUUCCCAGGGGAAGGCCAUUACAAAUACACCUCCCAGGCGCAGGUGAAGGGGAAGACCUACCAAAACCGUGCCAAGAGCGACCGCCGCACCAAGGUCACCCUGUCCCUCGACGUCCCCACCAACAUCAUGAACAUCCUCUUCAACAUCGCCAAAGCCAAGAACUUGCGGGCGAAGGCUGCCGCCAAUGCACACCUCAUGGCCCAAAUUGGGCGGCGGAAGUGAUGCUCGUGGGGCAGGGGGUGACUUGGAGCAGGGAUGGCCACACGGGGCCAACACAUGGCCCCAGCCUGCUGGUUGGAGGGGACUGACAGCCGUGUACGAUAUCAGUGUUGUAUAUUUUUGACCCAUAGAGCUACCUAACUUUCAUAUCUCUUCUUCCUCCUCCUUUCCUUCCCAGUCUCCCCUAUUCCUCCUCCUGGACAUUUCCAUGCGUGGGGAUGAGG